UCAAUAAAUAAAACUCUACAGUCCUCUAUAUUUUUCCUUCAGCUCUCUCUCACCAACUCUCUAAUAUUUCAAACAUGGUGGUGGCUUCUGCAACUCCUAAACGAAGCGAAAGACUGGAAGCUAUUCAGCUGCCUAUCGUAGACCUUUCAGGGGAAAGGUCACAGAUUUCGAACCUCAUAGUUAAAGCCUGUCGAGAUUACGGUUUCUUCAAGGUGAUCAACCAUGGUGUUCACGAGGACAUCAUUGCCAGAAUGGAAGAAGAAAGCUUCAACUUCUUUGCAAAGCCUGUCAACGAGAAGCAACAAGCUGGCCCCGCUAACCCUUUUGGCUAUGGCUGUAAGAAUAUCGGCUUCAAUGGUGACAUGGGAGAGGUUGAAUAUCUUCUUCUUCACACCAAUCCGCUCGCCAUUGCUCAAGGAUCCAAGUCCAUUUCCAAUGACACAUCAAAAUUCAGGUCUGCUGUGAGUUGUUACAUUGAAGCUGUUAGAGACUUAGCAUGUGAGAUCUUGGAUCUCAUGGCAGACGGUUUAUGGGUCCAUGACAAGUCACUGUUUAGCAAUCUCAUCAGAGACCUGGACAAUGAUUCCUUCUUCAGGCUCAAUCACUACCCAUCUCUUCUUCUUUGUAAAGAUAAUCACAAUAACAAUCAAAUCGGUUUUGGAGAGCAUUCGGAUCCUCAGAUUCUCACUGUUUUAAGAUCUAACAAUGUGGGUGGCUUGCAAAUUUCGGUGGAAGAUGGUGUGUGGAUCCCGGUUUCUCCUGAUCCCACUGCUUUUUGUGUUAAUGUUGGUGACUUGUUACAGGCUAUGACUAAUGGGAGGUUUGUGAGCGUGAGGCAUAGAGCUAUGAGCAACUCGUGUAAAUCAAGAAUGUCGAUGGCCUUUUUCGCAGGACCCCCACUUCACGCAAAGAUAAUGGCACCUCCAGAAAUGGUCACAGCUAAGGAGCCUUCCCUGUAUGAGCCUUUUACUUGGGCUGAAUACAAAAAUACUGCAUUUUCUUUAAGGCUUGGAGAGAGCCGUCUCAAUCUCUUUAGAAAAUGUACAAAUAAUGAUCGAGAAGAAGCUUGAUAGAUCAGGGGCGGUAGUGUAAGUUUUGGCUUUGAAAGGCUUCAAAAUCCAUCCUUUUCUUGUACCCUUGGAAGGGGGAUUUUGUUCAUAAAAUAAAACUUGAGGUAAUAGUUAAUUUUGGAAUGUUAGUUGAAUGUUAAAUUAUAUUGUGAAUAGUAAAUAUAAAUUUUUGUAUUAUAUAUUUAUCA